CUUCCCUCUCUCUCUCUCUCUCUCAGAGAUCUCAAAUCUCUCCUUAUCUCUCCAUUUCUCAAACCCAAAAAGGAAAGAAAGAAAGGAAAACAAUGAAAUCAACUAAAGAAACAGCCGUCGCCGAGAAUGGCCGUUUCCUGGGAAGCAUUUCGACGUCUUCACUUCGGAAUUUGCUUCCGAAAUCGAAGCUUAAGAGGAGCACAAAGAAACCCAACUCUGAAAACACUCCUCCACCAGAUCCCAACAUUAUUGAAGUAAAUAACUCGGCCCAGUUUUUCCCCAAAUCCCCACUGUCCAAAUCGCUUACUUCCGACGCCUUGAUCGUCCCAUCUGACGGUGACCGUGAAAUGUUGCCUCCUAUGGAAACUUCCAUCAAGAACGAGAUUGUUGAAUCUGAUGAACAGAGUGGAGAAUUGGGAAAUUUAGAUCCAUCUGUGAAGGUAGUAGUGAGAAUUAGACCCAUAAAUGGUCAAGAAAAAGAAGUGGAUCGAACAGUGAGGAAGAUUUCUUCAGAUUCCUUGUCUGUUUCUGACCGCAAAUUCACAUUCGAUUCUGUUCUUGAUUCAAAUUCUAAUCAGGAGGAUGUUUUUCAGUUAAUUGGUGUUCCUUUGGUUAAAAAUGCAUUGUCUGGUUACAACACUUCAAUAUUGUCUUAUGGACAGACUGGAAGUGGAAAGUCUUACACGAUGUGGGGUCCUCCAAGUGCAAUGGUCGAGGAUCCUUCACCUAGAAGCCACCAGGGGAUUGUUCCUCGUAUCUUCCAAAUGCUGUUCUCUGAGAUUCAAAGAGAGCAAGAGAACCUUGAUGGGAAACAGAUAAAUUAUCAGUGCCGUUGCUCCUUUCUCGAGAUUUACAAUGAGCACAUUGGGGAUUUACUCGAUCCAACUCAAAGGAACCUUGAGAUAAAGGAUGACCCAAAAAAUGGAUUGUAUGUCGUGAACUUGACUGAGGAAUAUGUUUCUAGCUAUGAGGACGUAACUCAGAUUUUGAUUAAGGGGCUUUCAAGUAGAAAAGUUGGAGCAACAACUGUAAAUUCUAAGAGCUCUCGGUCUCAUAUUGUGUUUACUUUUGUCAUAGAAUCUUGGUGCAAGGGAGCCUCAUCAAAAUGUUUCAGCAGUUCAAAGACAAGCAGAAUCAGCCUGAUUGAUCUUGCCGGACUGGAUAGAAACAAACUUGAAGAUGUGGGUAGGCAACAUGUCCAGGAAGGGAAAAAUGUCAAGAAGUCCCUAUCACAGCUUGGAUAUUUGGUGAACGCUCUUGCAAAAGAAACUCAACCUGAAGAUGCUCCAUAUCAAGGUUCCUGUUUAACACGUAUACUCAGAGAAUCCCUCGGUGGCAACGCCAAACUCACAGUUAUUUGCAACAUUUCUGCAGACAACAGAAAUAGUGGUGAAGUACUGAGCACUCUCAGAUUUGGGCAACGAAUUAAAUCCAUAAGAAAUGAGCCAGUAAUAAAUGAAAUAUCCGAAGAUGAUGUCAAUGGCUUGAGUGAUCAGAUUCGACAACUGAAGGAAGAGCUUAUAAGAGCAAAGUCUGAUGUAUACAGUUCAGUUGGGAGUAAAAGUGGAUAUUUUAUAGGGCGAAGUGCACGCAAUAGCUUGAACCAAUUGAGAGUAAGUCUUAACCGUUCUUUGCUCCUACCACACAUGGAUAACAAUUAUGAAGAAGAGCUCAAUAUUGGUGAGGAAGAUGUAAAGGAACUACGUCAGCAGCUAGAUUAUUUACAUAGCUCGGGUGAAACAAACUUAAGAGAUCCAUCUGAGAAGAGAGGUUCCAUUCAAUCUUCUUCUGUAGAAGAAUGUUGUGAGACAGACUUGCUGAGUGAAGAUGACAUUCAUUGCCCAGAAGAAACUGGGAUAGAAGAACUUGAUGGGGAAGAACCUCAGAAGGAACUUCCUCCUAAGGACAUUCUAGCAUCAGCUGAUGACCUUUCAAUUACAACAAAACCCUUGAAGGCUGUUGAUCCUUCAAUCAGAAAUAGCCUCUCCAUCAGCUCAUGCCAUCGGUCUUCAGUCCUCCAAGAGCCUACUUUGUCAGAGUCUCCAAAAAUUGGAAAUAAUUUAAGGAAAAGCAUGGCCGUCCCAUCAGCACUUUUGGCCAGUCAGAACAAUGUGUCAGAGAGUUCGGAGUCAGAACAAUGUAUACGAGAGUCACUCAAACAUAAUGAGCACAUCAGAUCCUCCUUACGUUCAAGCAAGAUAUUUCCAGGACCUACAGAAUCUUUGGCUGCUAGCCUUCAAAGAGGCUUGGAGAUUAUAGAUUAUCACCAGAGUAGUUCAGCUUCCAACAGAUCUUCAGUUGCCUUCUCUUUCGAACACUUGAUGCUGAAACCUUGUCCAGAAGCAGACAAGGCCAAUGCAUCUGUUCAAACAUUACCAGAACCUUCUUCAGAUGGUUCUUCUACUCCCUUGCUUUGUUCAUCGUGUCAACAAAAGUUUGACAAUAACCCUAAUGGGGUUCAGGAUAGCUUGAAGACGUGGAUUGUAGCAGUUGAUAAUCAACAGACAGAUGGCGAUACCACAGCUGAGGCAAAUGAUUUGGCAAAAGCCACUGAAAGAGAGAAGGAGCUUGAAAGUGUCUGUAAGGAGCAAGCGGCCAAAAUUGAGCAGUUAAAUAAUCUGGUAGAGCAAUACAAACAUAAGGGAGAAAAUUCUGCCAUUGAACAUGGUCCUGAGUCUCUGAAGAAUGAAAUAAUACCAUUUGAGCAGUCCAACAAUGAUGAAAAUGGGAACGAAUAUUGUGAUAUGAAUGAGAAGGAAGCACUUCUUCAGGAAACCCAAACAUUAACGAGCAAAUUGCAGUCAUCUACUGCUGCAUCUCCAAACAGAUCUUCUGAAAAGCUGAGAUCAUCUUUGUUGUCACGUUCCAUUCAAUUGCGAAAAAGUGUAGACUGUCGUGAUAACAGCGAUGAAGAACUUGAGAGGGAAAGGCAGAGAUGGAUGGAAAUGGAAAGUGAUUGGAUAUCAUUGACUGAUGAGCUCAGGAUGGACCUUGAAUCCAACCGCUGCCGUGCAGAGAAAGUAGAGAUGGAACUGAAAUUAGAGAAGAAGUGCACUGAGGAGUUGGAUGAUGCUCUUAGCAGAGCUGUCCUUGGGCAUGCUAGAAUGGUUGAACACUAUGCCGACUUACAAGAAAAGUAUAAUGAUCUGGUUGCAAAGCACCGGGCAAUAAUGGAAGGGAUAGCAGAGGUUAAGAAGGCAGCAGCAAAGGCAGGAGCCAAAGGUCACGGCACACGUUUUGCCAAAUCCCUGGCUGCUGAGCUUUCAGCUCUUAGAGUUGAGAGGGAGAGGGAGAAAAAACUCCUGAAAAAGGAGAACAAAAGUCUCAGAAUCCAGCUUAGAGACACAGCAGAAGCUGUUCAUGCUGCUGGAGAACUCCUUGUUAGGCUCAGGGAAGCUGAGCAAGCUGCCUCAGUUGCAGAGGAGAACUUCACUAAUGUCCAACAAGAGAAUGAAAAGUUAAAGAAACAAGUGGAGAAGCUCAAAAGAAAACACAAGAUGGAGAUGAUCACCAUGAAGCAGUACCUUGCAGAGAGCAGACUGCCAGAAUCUGCACUGAAGCCACUAUAUCAUGAGGAUUCAGAAUCUGCACACAACAGCUCAAUCCCAGAUGAUGAUCAGGCUUGGAGAGCAGAGUUUGGAGCAAUUUACCAAGAGCAUUACUGAUUCAGAGGCAGCCUAAGACAAUCAAAGAGACCCUCCUUGGGUCAAAAUGAAAUACUAUAUAUACUACUAUUCCUAUUCUAUGAUAGUACUAUAUAUACUACCAUGUGUGCAUUGCAUUUCUUGUAAUGUUCCUUGAACUAUCAUUCUUUCGGGUAUAAUAAUAGAAAUUUCGGUUGAAACUUCCUCUA